AUGAACGUUGCCGCGCCUCUCUCUCCGCCUAACACGCUUGAUGCCCGGAGCCAUGCGAGGUCCAUGUCGGAUGCCGGAAUUAACCCGGCUCCUUCGCAGUGCGGUGCCGGCGCAAGCCCGGUUCCCCUCACCGGCACUUCCCCCGCCGCGCCCAUAGACCGUCGGCCCAAAAAGUCGUCGUCUACCUGCGCGACGUGCCGUCAUCGCAAGGUCCGAUGCAACGGCGCCCGUCCCGUCUGCUCCAAUUGCCAGCGCCUUGGCUUCCCUUGCUCCUAUGACGAGGCCGACGCCGAUGCCUGGCAUGUCGCCCUCCCGCGUCGCCGCGUCAAGCAAGCUUGCCUUACCUGCCACAGCCGCAAGGCAAGGUGCUCCGGCCACCUACCCAGCUGCGAACGAUGUACUUCCAUGGGCCUGGAGUGCGUCUAUCGUCCCACUAAACGCACCAAGGCGCCGUCCCGUCCCCAGGGUAGCAUCACAAGCCCGGCCAGUCGCUCGAUAGACAGUGACAAUGAUGCCCGUGACGACAGCGACCGAGCCAUGAGCGACCCGGCCAGCACCCCCGCUUCAUAUGGCCAUGACGGAAGCAAAAGCCCUUCACCUGACGAGUCCUUUGACUCCUUAAUACGGCGCACUUUUGAAAAAUUCUUUCAUCAUAUUCAUCACAUACCUGUGUUCUCCUUCCUGCAUCGCGCGUCUCUUAUGGAGCAGUACUAUGCCGGAAAAGUAGACAAGGCUCUCCUUCUCGCCCUCGUCGGCAUUACUUCGUGUCUCACGAACAUGGGCCCUGGCAUACGUGAAUAUGGUGAUGGGUGCAUAGACGAGGCAGAGUCGCUCAUCUUUGCCGACUACACUAUCCCAUCCACCAUCAAAGUGCAAGCUUUAGUCCUCAUCAUUAAGCACCGUAUCCUCUGCAACAGGUUCCCCAGCGCCUUUAUGCUCUUCAGCAUCGCCUCCCGCUCCGCUGCCGCCCUCCGCCUCAACCACCAUAGCCCUAACCUCUGCUUCCUCGCCCAGGAGUCGCGCCGGCGCCUCAUGUGGUCCCUGUACUGCAUCGAUGCCGGAAUUUCUGGCGGCUUUGCGGAGUUUUCACUCUGGCGGGCAGACCGCAUAAAUGUUGGUCUGCCGUGCAAUGAGCGUAAUUUUGAGUUUGACCUCUCAAAGCCCACCGAGAAGCUGGUCCCCGGCCCCGACGACCCGGAUCAGCCCCGGUCAGAGGACAUUGGCAGCCUGGCCUUGAAUGUCCGCAUUUUGCACAUCAGACAGAAGAUCAUCGAGUUCACCAAGACUGCGCUCGUUGGCCGCAACAUCAAUGCUCUAGAGCUGCAGAACCGGGUCAUUGGCCUUCACCAAGAGCUGGAGGAUUUUGCUUCUCGCAUGCCCGCCUCGUUCCAGUUUUCGGAAAACUCGAUGCGACUGCGUGCUUAUUCUCCUCGAAUAUGUGCUUUUGUCAUGAUCCACAUCUACUGGCGCCAGUGUUACAGCGAUCUCUACCGUCUAGCCAUGACGGGAUUUCGCGACGCGCUGCCGCUGGAAACACUGGAGUCUCUGGAUCAGAGCUUCCUCGACCACUGCCAGCGCCAGUGUGUAGAGCACUCCAUCGCCAUGGCUGACAUCUUCAAGUGCAUGGACAAGCUGCACGCCCGACCCAUCGCCGAUCUGGAUCUGGCAAUCUGUGCUUUCCAGUGUGCCCGCACUUUGCACUACGCCUACCGCCUCGAUGCCCUUAAGUUUGGCCUCGUAACAGAGGGUGUGCUGGAGCAAUCCAAGUCGUGUCUCAAGGUGGUUCAGCAGUGCUGCCGAGGACCAGCCGCUGCCGGCGUGCAAGCCGACCUCGAACGCCUGAUCAACCGGGGACUCGGCGCCAUCGACACCUCGUCACCCGUCCUCGAGGCGCAGAACGGCACCCGCGGGCGUACUGCCUUCCCCCAACACCCGGUCCUUAAGAACAUACGGGUCGGCGAGGAACCGUCCGUCAUCCACACACCCGCGCGUCUGAGGACCGGCUCAGGAGUGCGACCCGAGGUUUACAGCCCUGGCAUGACCACACUGUCGCCGACAAUGCUGCCGGACGCUUGGAUGGCGCCCGCCCAAAAGGCAUUCGAGCCUAACAUGAACGCCAACGGAGAGGAAGACGCGGCAGGGCUCACGUCCACGGAGCUGAAUAACGCGUAUGAAGGUGCCCUGGAAGGUUUAGGCCUGGCCAACGGACUGGACCACGCCAUGGGCGUCAUGGACCUGAGCACGAUGUGGGCGCCGACCUCAGAAUGGAUGGCUCCAGAAUUUGGGAAUGGCGCCGGCGUUUAA